GUGAAUUACCAUACUUGUACGUAGGUCUACAAAUUUUUUAAUAAAAUAACACUUAAUAAACAAUAUGCAUAUUUUGCAUCUGUUUUGCUUAUCUGUAGCUCAAUUAUUCAGUUUAUUUUAACUUUAGUGAAAUAAGUACAAAACAAGUUAAUUACUACACAAUCGCACAGAAAUAAGAAGACUAACAUCGUUAACAAAUUUCAAACUAGAAGAGAAUAUAAUAAAUAGUUUCAAAAUGGCUAUGGUAUUUCCUGAAUUAUUUGCAAAAAUGUCGUGCAACAAUGCAAAAAUUUCGAAGGUACUUCUAGACAAAUAUAAACAUUUAAUAAAUUUCGUAAAGAAUCCAUCAAUCCUAGAAUAUGGCUUUGCUGGUGGCGAAAAUUCGGAAUACAGUUUAAGGCCACUACUUCCGCAUGAUUAUAAAGAAUUUAUAGCAGUUGAUAUCUCAGAACCUAUGGUGGAACAUGCCAGAAAAAACGCGAAAAUUCCUCGAAGUAAAUUUUAUUGUUUAGAUACGUCAUCGCCAGACUUACCAGAAAUGUUUCAAAAUCGAUUUGAUAAUGUAUUCAGUUUUAUGACCAUUCAUUUAAUAAAAGAUCCAAGACAAACUUUCACUAACACAUUUAGGAUGCUCAAAGAUGGUGGUGAAACGUUUCAAACUUUCUAUAAGCACACUCCUUGUGACGAAGUUUUUGUAAAAUUAAGCCAGCAUCCUAAGUGGGGUAAGGAAAAAUAUAACCAAACAAAGAUGUUGCAUCCUUAUUACGAUAAACCAGAACCUAAAGAAUAUAUUACAGCAGAUCUAAAAGUAGCAGGUUUCAAGAAAAUUGAAUAUAUGGAAGAAAAAAUGUCGUAUAAUUUUGAAAACGAGGAACAGUUAAAAGGUUUAUACCUUUCUGUAAACACUACAUUACCACACAUUCCAGCUGAGGACCUUGAGGAAUAUAAGAAGGAAUAUUUACGCGAAGUUAGAAGUAUGUAUACCGUAUGUGAGCCAGUGAAUCAGCCAAAUCAUUUAGUAUUGCCGGUUGAGUUGACUGUUGUAUGGGCGAAAAAAGAGUAAAUUUAAAAAAUAAAUAUUACUUCUCUUUUAA